AUGAAUGAUACUAUGUCUCAUCUUGGAAAUGAAAGUUGCCAAAACUAUCAUAAGCUGUUUGGUGCUAUCAACCAUUUCUUUCGAUCUGAAGCAAUCAUUGGUGAUUCGGAUUAUUCAUCAAAUACAAUUGGUCAUAUCAUAACCGUAGCAUAUGCUACUGUUAUCAUAUUUGGAGGUUUUGGUAAUGCGCUAACCAUCUUCGUUGUAUUACAAAACGUUAAUAUGCGAACGACGCGAAAUUUUUUUAUUCUAAAUCUCGCUUUAUCAGAUCUGUUUGUUUGUUUAAUAACUGCUCCAUUGACACUUUAUACAAUACGGUAUAUGUUUUGGCCGUUUGGAACUCCGAUGUGCAAAGUUGUAGGCUCUUUACAAGCUUUUAGCGUUUUCUUAUCAACAUUUUCAAUAACAGCCAUAGCGUUAGACAGAUAUGUUCUUGUCAUCUUUCCUACUAAACGAGAAAGACAACAACGUCUUUCUAUUAUAUUUUUUGUUCUUAUAUGGAUUAUCUCAUUAGUCUUUGCUAUACCUAUGUUGAUAGCAUCUGAUGUUUCGGAAAUAUAUAAUGAUCCUCCAUGUAACAUUUCACUUGAAAUAUGUCAUGAAAAGAAUUCAAACUGGGAUACUAUGGCUGUAUCUAAGCGUACUUAUACAUUAUCUGUAUUGAUUGUACAGUAUGCUUUACCAUUGGCUUCACUUGUUUUUGCUUAUUCUCGCAUUGUCAAUCAGAUGAAACUUCGAUGCACUAACAGGGAGAUGACAUCGUUCACUAAUGGAACUGCAAUGACAGCCUUAUCAGAUAGGAGAAGAUCAAUUGCGGAUCGUCAAAGACGCACUCAUCUUCUUCUCAUAUGUAUCAUUGGCAUUUUUGCUAUAGCCUGGCUUCCUUUGAACGUUUUCCAUAUGAUUAACACCUUCCAGUCGCUUCCACACUUCUCUGUUACUACUUUCGCAUUUUGUCAUUUGAUUGGUAUGUCGUCAGCUUGUUUGAAUCCAGUCAGUUACGCUUACUUCAAUCACAAUCUUCGCGCAGAAUUCACCAAGAUAGUAAGGAGCUACUGUCUCAGGUGUACUAGGCAGUAUUAUUCUUGGAUGGGACAACCAGAUCCCUAUGAAACAAGAGAAACUACAGUUGCUUAUGAUCGUAAUCGUUCAACAGAAAACAAUAGGUCAAUUGUUAUUCAAGAGCGUCGAAUUCGGAAUGCCAAAAGCAUUUCCUGUCAUUCAGAAGCUGUUUAA